AAGAGAAUAAUAGAAAUUGUUUGCGUAAAUAAAUUUUGAUAUAAUCUUUCAAAUUGAAUUUGAGUAAAGUGAAAAGCGGUCAACCAGAAAGAGUGCAAGUAUACAGAUAAAAUAAAAUCCAAAUUGAAAAGCGGUCUAUCUCUUUUCCCGUUAAGUAAAGCGUCGCUUUUUCUCUACCUUUUUGUUCUGCAACUUCAUGAGCUGAGGGAUUUGAGUAAAGUGAAGCAUCUUCGUCACGCUUUCAAUUUCCACCAUUCGUUACGAUUCUUUGGAUAGUAGAGAUAGCUCAGCACAUACACCGAAUGGAGGUCAAAUUAGAGAAAAAGGAUGUAGCUGAUUGGGUCUACAGAGGCGAAGGUGCUGCUAAUCUAGUCCUCGCUUACACCGGAUCAUCUCCCCUUUUUAUUGGCAAGGUGAUGAGAGUACCAAAAAUAGAGAGGAAUGGCACAUUGCAUUUUGUAGAGGAUCGCGCAGUGUUAACGGAGAAAGAACGGUUACUAUGGAGAGAGUUUGAAGAGUUAAUAUCUUCCUCUACAAAAGAAGUGACGGGGUUGCUUUAUGUGAAGCAUGUUAUGUGCCCUCUAUUAGGUGCCGACCACGUUGAUCCCGGUAUGCAUGUUGAGGUAUCCAGGGAAUUUCUUGAACGUAUAGAGCAGAAAGUGAUUUCUCAGCGUCCUGCUUGGCGAGUUGAUGCUGCUAAGAUUGAUACAGAUCGUCAUUCUGUGCUUCUCAUGUCUGAUCAUUCUGUUUUUUCUCGUGGUGCUCUUAAAGUUGGGUCCUGCUUAUCUGUUGAAAUAAAGCCCAAAUGUGGAUUUAUUCCAUUAUCAAGAUUGAUAGCUGAAAGAAAUGCUCUUAAGAAGAGCACAACUCGUUUUAAAAUGCAUCAAGUCCUGAAGUUGCGCCAACAUGAGACAUCGGAGGUAAGCCAAUAUGAUCCAUUGGAUAUUUUCUCUGGUUCCAAGGAAAGGAUCCAGAAAGCAAUUAGUGAUCUUUAUGCUACCCCUCAGAACAAUUUCCGUGUGUUCUUGAAUGGUUCACUUAUAUUUGGAGGCUUAGGUGGUGGCACCAACAAAACUAGUAUUGUUAUUGGACAAGGUUUUGAAGAUGCAUUGAAGGGAUUUAUCCAGGCAGAUGAUGGUUUGCGUACAACAAGUCUCAUAGAGCUUGUUGCUGAGGCAAUUUAUAGUUCUCAAGUACUGGAUCGGCUUCUUGCAGUCCAAAAACUUGAUCAUCUUGACAUUGAAGGGGCAAUUCAUGCAUACUAUAAUGUUAUAUCUCAGCCUUGCGUGGUAUGUAGAGAAUUGGAUGAAGCAGGGCUUCCACACAAGUAUGUGGCCCUGCAUUCUAUUCCAAUGGAUGAGAGCUUGAAGAUUGUGAAGGAUUUUUUGAUAUCUGCAACUGCAAAGGACUGUAGUUUGAUGAUCAGUUUUAGAUCAAGAGAAGAUGCAGAUUUUGGUUCUCCAUAUAGCAAUAUAUACCUGCAGUCAACAAACCAAAACUUCGACUACAAGGUGAAUUUCCUUGACUUGGAUUUGAAACCUUUAAAGAAGAUGGAAACCUAUUAUCAGAAGGACAAGAAGAUAUUGGAUUCCUAUGCUCAGAUGCUAGAAACAAAUCAUUUGAGAAGCAACGAGAAUAUGGAGAAAACUAUUGUGUCAGUGGAGCUUCUCUGUUCAAAAUGCAGACAGAAGGUGAUGAAGUUAAUUUCAGCCAUAGAAGGGAUAACUUCUAUUGUCCUUGACCCUUCAAAGAAUACAGUAACAGUGAUCGGUGAGGCUGAUCCAGUCAAGAUCAUCCGCAAGGUCAGGAAGUUUCGAAAGUCAGCAACAAUUGUGAGUAUAGGGCCUCCUAAAGAAGAGAAGAAGGAUGAUAAAGAUAAAGAUAAAGGAACUAGUAAAGAUUCAUAUAAGAAAGAAAUAGUUGUUCCUUAUGCACCAAAGACGUGCCAGAGAUGCGACGUUUGGUAUGUGGUUGGUGAUGAUCUUUAUACUUAUUGUUCUAUCAUGUAAAUAAGCAUAAUCUUGAAUAUGUCUCAUCGGAUAUGUUCUAUUUCAGCUUGUAGUUAUUAUUAUUUUUUUCUUUGGUUCUAUUUGCUUGCGGAAUAACAAAGCAUUUCACAACAUUGUUGAUUA